CCGUGUAUGGUUACACAGAUCAUAAAUGUCAAAUUAAUGAUUUUUGAUAAAAAUAAGAUUUGUAUUUUACUAAAGAAAAUUAAACAUUGGCAGAAAAGUGUAAAUGUGGAUAACUUUAUUGUGAAUAUUUUGUUCAAAAAUGUGUUUUCUUUUAUUAAAUUGUGAGGUGAAAAAAUGGAUAAAUCAGGAAGACAUCCACUCGUAAAGAAAUUGGAGUAUUAUGAAUCCCAAAUACGUUCAGCAUUGUAAUGAACAUUCAUUAUCGAAAUGAAUUCAAAGAGUGGAAAUUUACCUUCCGCAUCACGUAAUCCAGCGUAUAAUGCCGCAGCUUUAGAAAUAAUUAAAAAUGACUUGAAGUCAUAUGAGGCCGGACAUGGUAUUCCACAGAAUUCAUCGGCUUCUAAACUGGUGCGAAAAUCUAGUAUUGAAAGAGAAAUUCCUCCGUCAUCAUUGCAGUUGCCAAGAAAUAGUCCUGCGUUAGAUUCUGGAGCGGGGAGCUCGCGAUCGAACAGUCCUCAUUCACAGCAACAUACCGGCUCAGGACGAACACAGUUUUCUCCGUCACCAUGCCCUUCAACCUUCAGUGACGUUCCGCCUCUACCACCACCCAGAUGUCCUUCUACACCAUCCACACCACCACCACUUCAUCACUUUCUCAAGCGAAUGUCACCUGCAUCUGUACCUACUCCUCGCAAUGGUCAAUUUCAGUCGCAAAGUCCUGCCCGUGGAACAUCUCCAAUAUCGACUAACAAUAAUUUGAGGCAGCCAAUUGUGGUGCAAAACGGUCCCCAGGUUCAGCAGCAGUUGAAUCAACAGAUGUCUGCUUAUUAUAAUAGUAAUAGUACCGAGCCACCUCCGCCCUACCCUAUUUCACCCAUGAAUCAAACAGGACCUCCUAGUUAUAUUGCAUCGCUACAAUCACGACAAAGUCCAACCCAAACAUCCCAAGAAUUUCGCAAAAGCCCAAGCUCGGGUAUUUACUCAAGUCCUUCAGCUGGAUCACCCUCUCCUAUAACUGUUUCGCAGAAUGUUGCACUUACUAACUCUACAGCGAAACCAACCGCGUUACCACCGGCGAGAAGCACUCGUCAAACUAAUACGCAGCUUCCGAUUAUAAUGCAUUCAGUCAAAUCAACGCAGGUUCAAAAACCGAUUUUGCAAAACGCCGUUGCCCCUGUUUCUCCCUCGACAGGAUCUGUUUCGUCUCCGUUACAAUCCAGCAAAUGUUCUGCCCCACCCCCUCCAUCGUAUGCCACAUCAUUGCACCAGAAAAAACUGAGUAACAAACCUGUGAAUUCCACACAUAACGCAACACCUAGUAAUCGGCAGAACUCAACGUUCCAACAAAAUCCGGCAGGAACAACCACUGGAAAUACUUCGGAAACUAGAAAUCCACUGGUUUCUAGUGGAAUUGAUCCUCCUUCAUACGAUACGACUAUGAUACUAAAGCAAAAACAACCUGCUCCAAGAAAUUUACAGCCUCCGCCUCCAUAUUCUGGAGGAAGCAACACUUUUAGCUCCAGCAAUAAUAGAGAUGAUAAUAUCCACGAUGUGGACGUCGGUAAUCCUGUACAUAUUAAUAGUAAUAAUAAUCUCAACAUUUUAAACUAUGCUAAUAAAAAUAGUCAAUACAAGAGCUCCUUAAUAAGUACUAACGGUAAUGUAACAAAGCAAAACAGUAAUUUGUAUAACACUGGUGAUAAAAUUGAAUGUGAUGGCGAAAAUUUAACAGAAAAGAUAAAAUAUGAUGUUACAACAAAUGUAAAAGCAUAUGAAUCAGGCAUUAUUAAAGAAAAUGCACGGCGAGCAGGCGUAAUAAAGGAAAAUGUGCGCAAUGGUAAUGAUAAAAAUAUCAACCAACCUCCACAUGGUGCAUCAUCAACUCGUGAUAGUAAUCAGCUAUGCCUGCGGUUCGAAACAAAUCAAAAUAAAAACGAUAUAAAGCAAUGCUAUCGGCCUUGCCCAAAACCAAAUUUCACGUCUAAUUCGAGUACAGGAAGCCCUGAAAUGGUUUUGAUAAAAAAAAAUCAAAUAGAUGGUGAUAUUCCCAAAAAAAUAAAGCAUCAAUCUCCUAUCCCGGAGCGAAAAAAUAUCUCUAAAGAAAAGGAAGCCGAAAGAUUCGAAUGUAAGGUACGGCACUAUUCACCUCAAGCAUACAAAUUUUUUAUGGAGCAACAUAUUGAAAACGUGUUAAAGUCCUAUACGCAACGAAACUUUAGGAUCAAACAACUUGAGAGUGAAAUGUCUAAGUUGGAUCUUCCCGAAGAAACAAAAAUAGAGAUGCGCAAACUUCUUUGCCAAAAAGAAAGCAAUUAUAUUCGUUUGAAGCGUGCCAAAAUGGAUAAAUCAAUGUUUGCUCGUAUAAAAACCAUCGGAGUUGGAGCAUUUGGCGAAGUUACACUAGUAAAGAAAAUUGAUACACCAAAUCAUCUGUAUGCGAUGAAAACCCUACGCAAAUCUGAUGUAUUGAAACGAAAUCAAGUUGCUCAUGUAAAAGCUGAAAGAGACAUAUUGGCGGAAGCUGAUAACGAGUGGGUAGUAAAAUUAUACUAUAGCUUCCAGGACAAAGAUAAUCUUUAUUUCGUUAUGGAUUACAUACCAGGUGGUGAUUUGAUGUCGCUUUUGAUUAAAAAGGGCAUUUUUGGAGAAGAUUUGGCACGAUUUUACGUGGCAGAGUUGACAUGUGCUAUAGAAAGCGUCCAUAAAAUGGGAUUUAUUCACAGGGACAUAAAACCUGACAAUGUGUUAAUUGAUAGAAAAGGUCACAUAAAACUUACUGAUUUUGGUCUAUGCACUGGAUUUCGCUGGACGCAUGAUUCGAAAUAUUAUCAAAGAAAUGGUGAUCACACUCGUCAAGAUUCUAUGGAAGCCUGGAGUAAAGUUGGUUCUGAAAUCCCUCCUCCUCUCGAAAGGCGAAAAUUCAGGGAAAAAAAUCGUGCUAAGGCCCAUUCCAUUGUGGGAACUCCUAACUAUAUUGCUCCGGAAGUGUUAUUAAGAAGUGGCUAUACUCAGCUCUGUGAUUGGUGGAGUGUUGGCGUUAUAUUAUAUGAAAUGUUGGUUGGACAACCGCCUUUUCUAGCGAAUACUGCAGAAGAAACUCAAGUUAAGGUAAUUAAUUGGCGUCAGACUCUAAAAAUUCCAACCGAAGCACACCUUUCACCAGAGUCACAGGAUAUUAUCCUCCGGCUGUGUAAAAACGAAGACGAACGGAUAGGAAGGAAUGUGGAAGAAAUCAAAUCACAUAAAUUUUUUCGUACCAUCGACUUUACAAAAGAUUUGCGAAAUCAGCCUGCUCCACAUGAACCAAAAAUCAAAUAUCCUACUGAUACCUCUAACUUUGAUCCGAUUGAUCCAGCGAAACUACACGAAUCUUCUUAUGAUGAGGCGGGUCACAGUUUUGAUGAAGUAUUUGAUAGUAGUAAACCUUUUCAUCACGGAUUCUUUGAAUUCACUUUUCGGAGGUUUUUCGAUGACGAAGGCGAUCAUAAAAUUUCCCUUGACGCUAAUGACAGUCAGACUGAAGCUAUAUAUGUAUGAAUACCAAGUGUGAAAAUAUGUAAAAAAUAACUUUAAUAUAUGAUGUUGACGUCCUCAAACUAAAACAA